AUGGGUGCUGGGGACACUGAUGGGUGUUGGGGGCACCCAUGGGUGCUGGGGACACCUGAAGGUGACACGGAUGGGCUUUGGGGGCACCCAUGGGUGCUGGGGACGCAUAAAGGUGACAUCAAUGGGUGCUGGGGACACCUGAAGGUGACAGGGAUGGGUGUUGGGGGCACCCAUGGGUGCUGGGGAUGCUAUAAGGUGACCCCGUUGGGUGUUGGGGGCACCCAUGGGUGCUGGGGACACAUAGAGGUGACACUGAUGGGUGUUGGGGGCACCCAUGGGUGCUGGGGACGCCUGAAGGUGACACCAUUGGGCUUUGGGGGCACCCAUGGGUGCUGGGGACACAUAAAGGCGACCCCAUUGGGUGUUGGGGGCACCCAUGGGUGCUGGGGACGCUAUAAGGUGACCCCGUUGGGUGUUGGGGGCACCCAUGGGUGCUGGGGACACCUGAAGGUGACCCCAUUGGGUGUUGGGGGCACCCAUGGGUGCUGGGGACACCUGAAGGUGACACUGAUGGGCGUUGGGGGCACCCAUGGGUGCUGGGGACACAUAGAGGUGACCCCAUUGGGUGUUGGGGGCACCCAUGGGUGCUGGGGACACCUGAAGGUGACCCCAUUGGGUGUUGGGGGCACCCAUGGGUGCUGGGGACGCUAUAAGGUGACCCCGUUGGGUGUUGGGGGCACCCAUGGGUGCUGGGGACGCUAUAAGGUGACCCCAUUGGGUGUUGGGGGCACCCAUGGGUGCUGGGGACGCUAUAAGGUGACCCCAUUGGGUGUUGGGGGCACCCAUGGGUGCUGGGGACGCUAUAAGGUGACCCCGUUGGGUGUUGGGGGCACCCAUGGGUGCUGGGGACACCUGAAGGUGACCCCAUUGGGUGUUGGGGGCACCCAUGGGUGCUGGGGACACCUGAAGGUGACACUGAUGGGCGUUGGGGGCACCCAUGGGUGCUGGGGACGCAUAAAGGUGACACCAUUGGGCUCUGGGGGCACCCAUGGGUGCUGGGGACGCCGAUGGGUGUUGGGGGCACCCAUGGGUGUUGGGGAUGCUAUAAGGUGA